AUGGGUGCAUUCUCGAGGCUUGUUCCUUUUAGUCUCCUAGCUGCUCUGGCUACUGCCUCGUCGGUCAAAAGUUUCCACCGGCGAGGAACGAUUGCUAGUGAUGAGAUUGUCGGCUUUCCCGAGACAGUCCCAAGUGGCACCACCGGCGACGUUUAUUUGGCCUACAAGCCCUAUCUUUAUGUCGUGAAUGGUUGUGUUCCAUUCCCAGCUGUCAACGCAGAAGGUGACACGAACGCUGGUCUCGCGCCGACAGGCGCAAGCGACGGUGACUGCUCUAGUAGCGCUGGCCAAGUGUACGUCCGAAGUGACACAUACAAUGGCUACUACGCCCUGCUUUACUCAUGGUACAUGCCCAAGGACGAGCCUUCGGAUGGUCUUGGCCACCGCCACGAUUGGGAAGGGGUUAUUGUCUGGUUAUCAUCUGUGACUUCAACCGACGCCAGCAAUGUCGUGGCCGUAUGCCCUUCUGCGCAUGGAAAGUGGGAUUGCACGACUUCCAGCUACACAUUGUCGGAUUCACACCCCUUGAUCAAAUAUGAAAGUGUCUGGCCACUUGAUCACUCGUGUGGACUUACUACCACUGUCGGCGGAAUGCAGCCUCUGAUUGCCUGGGAAUCACUGCCUAGCGUUGCUCAGACGGCUCUUGAUGACACUGACUUUGGAGCUGCCAAUGUACCUUUUAAAGAAGAUCAUUUUGCUUCGAAUCUUGCUGCGGCUACUUUUUGA